AUGGCGGAACGAAGCCGAUCCAGCAAGAGAUGCGCCGUUGCCGUAAACCCGCAAUUUCGCGUCGGCGUCGGCGUCGACCGGAUCAGCGGUCUUGGCAACGACCUUCUCGGGCACAUCCUCUCCUUCGUGCCGGCCUUGGAGGCCGUACGCUCGUCCGCGCUCUCCAGGCGGUGGCGGCGCGCCUGGACGCACACCCCUGACCUCAAAAUCUCCGACGAGCUGCACCAAGAAAGGUUCCUCGACGUCGCCCGCGCGGUGCUCGCGCAGUACGGCGAAGCGCCCGACAUCCCGUCGCUCAACGUGGGCAUCGGUUGCGGGUCCAACCUCGGCCCCGCCACAGCCGCUUGGCUCCGCGACGCCAUGCCGCGCGUCGUCGGAUCUAUCUGCGUUGAGCUGGACCGGUAUUCCAUCGAACAGCUGGUUCUGCCAAGCAGCUUGCAGGCCAAGGCCAUGGCCCUGACCUUGAGCGCCAACUUCUAUCACAAACCCUUGCUCAUCUUCCCGGAGCACCCAGAACCUGCUGCAUUCAGCCGGUUGACUGAGCUGAGCCUCUCGAAUUUGAAACUGCAGAUGCAUGGGUUCGGCGAGUUCUUGUCAUCAUGCUUCCCUCAGUUAACGAAGUUGCACCUCCGCAGUGUAUACAACAUGACCGGGGAGCAGGGGCUGUGGCCGCUCAUCCUUCACAUGGACAUGCUCGAGGAGCUCAAGGUCAACGACGUCUUCCAACUUACGCUGCUGCAGGUGGUUGCAGCCAAGCUCCGGUUGCUGACCGUGGUCCACUGCUUUAGGAGUUUGGCGGCGCUCACCACUGACACUCUGGUUAACAUCUCGGCGCCGAGGCUGGAGGUGAUCAGCUGGUCCGGCAGGUUCCCCAAGCAGCUCAACUUUCUAACCGACGUUCGAUGCGUCCGCCGCUUGUCUGGACUCCUUGUCUACUGGCCCAGCAUAUCGAGAAUUGAAUUCUCCUUGCUUGAUCUCGUGCAUUUCCUUGAGACAUGCUCUGGAGCUGACCGGUUAGAUGUUUUUGUUGACAUACCAGAUGGAUUCAAGCCAUCCAUGUUGGCAAGAGAGGACUUCGUGGAACGCAUACCAUGUCUUCCCAACAUCAGGACACUCUCCUUGACGAUCAUCACAAUUCUCCGGUUGCACAGCUGCCCAAUUGGUCCAAGUGUCUUUUCUUUCCUUAGGCGAUGUCCAAACCUAACUCUGCUGCACAUUGAUCUAUCAACAGUACACCAGUUUACAAGGCAGGAUCGACAUAAUCUUGUGUUUCCGGAUGAUGAUGACAAAACUGAAGCUGCAAAGCCACCCCAAGGCCUGGAAUGUGAUCCCUGGAAACCACCCAAAGACCAAAUGCAACUGGGCUCUCUUCGGGAGAUAAGAAUUAGCGGCUUUGUCGGAACGGAUCCUGAGAUGGAACUCUUCAAUCUUCUAUUUGGAGUUGGAGCCGCACGGCCGGCGCUCGAGAGGAUAUCAAUAUCAUCGUUUGUGCAAUUGAGUGAUCGUAUGGACAGGAUCACCCUGAAGAUAAAGUCCUGGUUCCCUCUCACGGGAGGGCGCUGGGAGGUUUCCCAGUGGGGAGAUAUCACAUGGACGAAGAACAAUUAUGGACUUUGA